AUGACAGCAGUGGAGCACGUCAUAAAACAACCACCACUCACAAACAAGUACCAAGCGCUGAAGGAAGCUCUAACAAACAAGUAUGCUGUAUCUCAAGAAAAUCAAUUUCGGACACUCAUCUCCGACCUGCAGCUGACCGGAAAACCAUCUGAACUGUACGAGCAAAUGCGCCGACAUGGAAGCAACCUGAACAAAUCAUUCAUCAGAACCCUGUGGAUGGACAGGCUACCACAAGAUCUUCAAAUUGUACUUGCAGUAACUGAACCAAUGGAAAUGAAGAGUCUUACCCAGCUAGCUGACAAGAUAGUGGAAUUGCUAGACCGACGCAGACAAUCUCAAAACCAGUUUGUAAACGCAAUCUCAAAAGCAAACAAUCACAAUAGCUGCGAGGAUCAAAUUAAAAAAUUGUCCGAACAAAUCCAAGCACUUUCAACCAAGAUGGAUUCAGUUUUCAGUCAACUGAACUCCCAUCAAUCACGCGGCAGGUCCCGUAGCAACGACUCCCGUCCACGAUCACACGGACCAGGUAACAGAAACCAAAAAACUUGCUAUUUUCACCAAAAAUUCGGUCCAAAGGCACUAAAAUGCAAUCCACCAUGCAUCUGGUCCGAGCUUCUGACACAGAAGCAGGGAAACGAGGUCAACCAUCAAUAG